AAGUUUUGACUCGACGCCGGCCGCUAGUACAAGUAGUCGAAUAUGCCUACAUUUUUUUAGAAGAUCUAUCGUAAUACAGUACAAAUUGGGACUGAAUUGAUGAUAUAAACGAGUGUACAUCAUGGCUUCAGGUCGUGUUUCUUCGUUACUGAAUCGUUUCAAAUUCGAACAGCGGUCAAGCAAAAAGUUAACCGCUUCAAUUUCUGGACCAGAAAAACCAUCUUCCUCCGUAAAACACUGUGGAAUGAAUGGGGAUGCAACACAAUCUUCGGCUUCUUCGCUGCAAUCCCGCUCAUCAACGCCAGAUUCUGAUGCUAUCUUGUGUAUACCCGAGACACCGACAUCAGAUUUACCAGAGUCCAUAGAAUCCGGGAGUCCGGUGUUCCCAUCUGCCAAGAAGCGACUUGCGGAGAACAGCCAGCGGUCCCUGGUCACUUCAGCCAUCUCUAGCCUCCUCUCACCUUCAACAAGUGUUGCCAAGAGCCCUACCUUUGGCAAGCAAAGCCACGCAGCAAACGGGAAGCAGUCCAGUCCGUCAUCCUCCUCUCACAGAACAAAAAACAAACAGCUCCGUUUUGUUGAUGAAUCGGAGAGCGAAUCGGACAGCGAGCCCAUCUCGCAUCGGAGAGAAUCAAUUUCUCAUUCUCCAAACAGUCGUCGGGACAUGAAAUCUAACGCAGGAUGCGAGACAGAGUCGGACUCUACCCAUAUAGACACGCAAAGCAGCUUAGAGACUGUGUUGUACAGUUACGAAGAGCAGGGUUCCCUGCGGCCGGGCGGUUUGAAGCGGAAGCUGUCAGAGAUGUCAAGCGGUGGAGAGGUCGGGGAUGGUGAUGAGGAUGAGAAGGAUGAUAAGAUGAAGAAAGACAUCAUGGAACAGCUCAAGGUCUGCUUUCCACAUAAGGAACAAAAGGAGCUGAAAAGGGCUUUAAAAGCCACAGAUUGGAACAUCAAUCAGGCAGCCAAUGAUCUCAUGCAAGUGGGAAGUCCUCCAAGGCGCAAGCGUUGCACCUCUCCAAUGAUAGAGCCGAAAAAACCUUCUCUUAUCAAGAAAUCAAAUUUCCAGGAUGCAUUCAGUGGCUGGCUGCAGAAACCUUCUGCAGGUCAGCCCAAGAAGAACUGGCCACAACAGAAGAAGGUUCCCAGGAAGGUCAUCAGCUCCUCAGAUGAUGACACCGACGAUGACGUCGUGGAAGUCCCGCAGAAGAGCAAGGAAAGUAACCAGAAGAAGACUUUCAAGCGGAUACGAACGUUCUCUUCCGACAGCAUGGAGGAUGCGUCUCCUGUCAAGAAGACGGAGGGGAAGUCUUUGGACACUGGGAAGAACAUGGACAACCAGAGUGAUCAAGAAUCAGUAUCUUCGUCCAAGAAGGGUGAGGGGGGUCAGGAAAUCCUUACAGACUCUGAUGAGAACGAGGAUCAUGACAAGAGCAAAGGCAAUGGCCGAGCUGGAAAUACCUCGGGGAAGAUCGCAAAUGGGUUCUACAAAAAGGGGGCACCGACGCAAAAUGGUGUUGCAGGAAAGAAGCCAUUCCGGAAGGUCUGGGCUGGAUUUCUUUCCAGAGAUAGCAGUUCUGCAGCUAAGUCAACUGGCAAGAAACAAAGGACCAAAGCUGCUUCGAAGGCAACAAGCAUCAAACCUAUCAAACGACCACGGUCACCGCGAUACAGCGAUGAGGAGGAGGAUGACCUCCGCUACGGUGACAGCGGGUCAGAGUACGAACUCGAGGAGGAGGUCAGUCCAGAGUUCCAGGCCAUGGCGGUCACUUUCUUCAACGACGCAACCCUUGAGGAGCUGAUCAGCGUCGACGGAUGCUCCAAAGGGAAAGCGGAGAAGAUAAUUUCUAUCAGGCCAUUUGAAGACUUCUCUGAUCUGUUGGAAAAGUUUGACGGGGUGAAGCAACUGAAUGCUAAUCUUGUCUGGAAUUCAGAGGCCGUGUUCCAGGAACGCAAGGUGGUUGAGGAUGUCAUGGCUAGGUGCAUCAAGAUCUCAGAGCGCAUACAAAGGAAGGUGACAUCGGUUAUCGAGAACCCCGAUUCUGCUGUCAACGGCCAGCUUACGCGGCAACCAGCCCUACUUAAUAGGAGUAUGCAGCUGAAGCCCUAUCAGUUGGUAGGCUUAAAUUGGUUGAAGUUGAUGCACUCGGAACAAGUUAAUGGCAUCUUGGCAGAUGAGAUGGGUCUUGGGAAGACCAUCCAGGUCAUUGCCCUACUCAGUCAUCUCCUGGAAGAAGGGACCAAGGGACCGCACCUCAUCGUUGCCCCAUCUUCUACGGUAGACAACUGGGUGCGAGAGCUCCAGACGUGGUGUCCUGCCCUCGAGGUCGUACUGUAUCACGGAUCGCAAGAGGAUCGGCAGGAAAUUCGGGAGGACCUUCUCUAUGAAGACCUUCCCUGCAACGUUAUUGUGACCUCAUACAAUAUAUGUGCGAGUAGUGCUGAGGAUCGAGCAGUCUUCAAGAAACUACCUCUGCAUUACGCAAUCUUUGAUGAAGGGCAUAUGCUGAAGAACAUGAAAUCACAGAGGUACAACCAUCUCAUGAAAAUUAGGGCUGAAAAGAGGCUACUUCUGACCGGAACCCCUCUACAAAACAAUCUUCAAGAGCUCAUCUCGGUAUUGGCAUUCACCCUGCCAAAGAUGUUCAGUGGCAAGGCAAACGAUCUCACGAGAGUUUUUAGUAUGAAGAAACAAAAGACGGGCAACCCUCACGAGCAGAGUAGCUACGAGAUGGAGAGGAUCGCCCACGCCAAGCAGAUCAUGCAACCGUUUGUUCUACGAAGGAUCAAGGCUGAUGUACUGAGCCAGCUACCGAAGAAGAAGGAGAGCAUCGAGCAUGUUGAGAUGACAGCGGACCAGAGGGAAGGUUACACCAAACUUGUUGCCUCCAUUUCCAAAGACCUCAAAGUCUGUGGAUUCAAACGAGGCAAGAUGUCGUCUGCCAUGAUGGAAUUACGGAAGCAAGCGAACCAUCCCCUGCUUCUGAGGCGUCACUAUGACAACGAGAAGAUCAGGAAAAUGGCCAAGCUCAUGCUGGAGGAGCCAACCCAUUAUGAUGCCAAUGAAGAAUACAUCUAUGAAGACAUGGAGGUGAUGAGUGAUUACGAGCUUCAUAGACUGUGCCAUGAGUAUGGGGUCCUGCGUGAGUACAGACUAGACCAGGAGCUGGUCCUGCAGUCUGGGAAGUUCCAGCUCCUAGAUAAGAUGCUCGCUGAGCUUAAAGAACAGGGAAGUCGAGUUCUAUUGUUCAGCCAAUUUGUGAUGGUUCUAGAUAUAGUAGAAGAGUAUCUGAACAUCAGAGGGCAUCGGUUUGUACGUAUGGACGGACAGACACCAGUCCAAGACAGAGCGGAGCUGAUGGACAAGUUUAACGAGGACGAGUCCGUCUUCAUCUUCAUGCUGUCAACGAAAGCCGGUGGCGUCGGGAUCAACUUGACUGCAGCUAACACAGUCAUUCUUCACGACAUAGACUUCAAUCCCUACAAUGACAAACAGGCCGAAGAUCGUUGUCAUAGAGUCGGACAAAGGAGAGAGGUAAGCGUGAUACGCUUGGUGAGCAAGCAGUCUAUAGAAGAAGGAAUGCUAUCCUGUGCUAAUUAUAAACUCAAGCUUGAGAAACAGAUGACCAGAGGAUUCUCAGGUGAAGAUGGGAAGGAAGACGAGAAGGACAUCGCUAGCUUGCUCAGAGACGCUCUGGAUAUAUGACAAUGUCCUCACUACCUCACAUUCCCUCUUGUGCAUUCUACUAAUCAUUACCUCGGUCUUUUUCACGGGUUGCAUCCAAGAAUCACCCAUUGUUCUUAAAAUGCCUUGAUGUGAUGCUGAUGAAUCGUAGACAUGUAACACUGAAGCUGCCGGCAGCCAUAUUUGUACUCCACGAAUUGCAUAACUAACCAUUGAUGUUGUUAAUUGCCUCGAUACGAUACUGUGGAAUCAUAGACAAUUAAGACUGAAGCUACUGGCAGCCAUAUUUGUACUCCAUGAAUUGCAGAACUAACCAUUGAUGUUGUUAAUUGCCUAGAUACGAUACUGUGGAUCAUACCCAAUUAAGACUGAAGCUACUGGCAGCCAUAUUUGUAUGCACCAAUGAAGUAGGUUCAACAUAUUAGAUAGAACCAUUCAUGUUUGUUAAUUGCCCGGAUAUGCUGGUGUGGAGUCAUUUGACAAUUAUGACCAUAGCUGUCAGCAGCCAUAUUUGCAUUCCAUGAAUCCAAGUUGCAGGAUUGUUCAACUAUGCUGCUCACUGAGUGAGAUGUUCCGACAAUUCAGGUUAGAACCGUUGAUGAUGUUAAUUGCCUGGAUAUGAUGCUCUGGAGUCAUUCGAUGAUCAAGUCUGAAGUUGCCAGGAGCCAUAUUUGUAUUCUAUGAAGACAAGUCUGCGCAUUGUUAAACCACUCAGCUCAAUGGUGAGAUAAUAUAGCAGUACAGAGCCUUGAAUCUGAGAAUGAACCAUUGAUAUUGUAAUCCAACUUGAUAUGGUACCAUGUCGUCGUUCGUCAAUCGAGAUUGAAGCUACUGGUAGCCAUAUUGCGAGUCCAUGAACAGUCCAACUGUUAGGUCUGUUUAAAGGGGAAUGAAACCUUCGGAACAAAUAGGCUUGUGUAGAAACAGAAAAAUCAAAGAAUAAGAAUAAA